AUGGCUUCUACACAUACAUCCUCGUUCUUCAUCGCCUCGAUCGGCAAUCCAGGCCCAACCUACUACAACACCCUCCACAGUGCCGGUCACAUCCUCCUCCGCUCCUUCGCUGAGCUCAUGAACGCCGGCCCAUUCAGCCCCGAUCCUAGUCUCAGCAACGGCCUAACGGCGGAAACAUACCUCCCCAAGACCCAGAGCCGGCUUACCCUCUGGCAAUCGCCGAGCUAUAUGAAUACGUCGGGCCCGUCGUUGGCGAGGGCGUAUAAAUCAUGGCUUGCACGGGAGAAUAUUGUACCUGAUAUCCCCGUUCCUCCCUUGGGAGUAGGGAAGAAGAAAGCAAAGGGGAUGAAGCCCAUGACACAUAACCGGACGACGAACUUGAUAUUACUGCAUGACGAGUUGGAACGGUCGUAUGGGAAUUUAUUUCUUCGGUAUGGUGGGCCGGAAAUGAGCUCGAAGGGCCAUAAUGGGAUUAAGAGUGCGGUGGAGAGCCUGGUUAAAGCCAAGUUACUCUCUUCCGGUGGUGGUGGACCAUCUUCGAAAACCCCGACGGCGUUAAUGCGGCUGGCCAUUGGGGUUGGAAGACCUGUAUCCCGUGAAAGAGACGCGGUGUCUGAUUAUCUGUUAAAGUCGAUAUCGAAGUCCCAACAUGAUGCUCUAGCCGCUAAAGGGACCGACUUACAGCAGUUAUUAGAAAGAGAGAUAUUGCGGAUUUAUAAGGCGAUGGAGCCCGACGAGCCACCUGCGGUGUUGACGGGUGAAAGCCGGAUAUAA